AUGGGUGUUAGCGACUCCGAUUUUGAUGAUCGUAUACGAUUGACCAGGCCUUCGCCGCAGGCGGGUGCAAACCGUCGGGUAUCAUGUACGGCUGCCCGCGAGAGCCUUGACAAAAUCAAAGUAUGUUUGAUAAGGCGUUGGUUCGGUCGGUCGAGGUCGCUCUUCGCGAAAAAGAACGUACGGUACGGACAUUUAGCGUAG